AUGGCUCUGGCACAACGAGGGGAUGCACUAAACCGUUCCAAAUUAAAAGGUCACUUGGAGGCGCAUCGUCAGAGCAGUUCCAGUGGGCAGAUCACCUGUUUUGUCACCCAGCCGGACAAUGUCGUCCUCCACGUUGAUGUGGAUGGUAAAGCGAAGGGUCAGGAAGUCUUGAAUAAGAUCUGCACGCUCUUGGGGAUUCAGGAUGAAGCAGACUACUUUGGUCUGCAAUAUGCCCUCUCGAAAGGCGAUUUAAUUUGGCUCAACAUGCGAAAUCGACUUUCUAAGCAAAUUCCUGGUAGUCCUCCGUUCAAACUCUUCUUCAAGGUCAAGUAUUUUGUGCCCCCUUACAAUCUGGUGCUGGAAGAGACUAAACACCAGUUCUACCUUAACGCCGUGCAGCAGUUAAAACUGGGUCUCUGGGACGCUGAGACCUCUCUCGAGCUGCAAUCCCGUCUCAUCGCACUCAUGACAUACGUCCAAUUCGGCAGUUUUAACUCUGCUACCACACCGUGUAAAUACGCCUGUUUCUGGUCCGAUCGUCGUGCCGAGAUUCCUCACGAAGUAAUCUCCAUGGCUGCCACCUUCCAUCGCCAACUAACUGGGAUGUCAGUGCGUGCAGCACAAUAUGAAUUGUUGCGGACAACUCACGAGGAGGUGCCUGCUUUUGGGGUCUACUUCUAUCAAAUACUCGACAUGUUUGGACGCCGACUGCUUAUGGGUGUUGGACCGGAGUUUGUGGCGUUGUGUCAGACGGAUUUCAGUUUUAUAGAGAGAUCAGGUCUGUCUUCUACGCGGAUUGUAGUUCGUCUGUGA